UCUGACAGUGAAACUAUAAGUAUUGCUUUUUGCGUAGUGGGUUUGGUAUGAAGGAAAUUGGAAGCAAUUGGAUAAGAGUAGUAAUCCAUGUGUAAUAAAGGAAUUGAAUGCCUAAAAAGGGAAUCAUCAUUUCUGCUCGAGGUCACCCAAAUUGGUAAUCAGCAGGAGGAGCAUCAAGCUGUCUACUUGAUGGACAGCCCUACAUUGACCCCAGGCUCAAUCCCGAGUUCUAAUGAUGAAAGCCCACGUGUUAAGUUUUUAUGUAGUUUUUCAGGUAGUAUAUUGCCGCGACCACAAGAUGGGAAGCUGAGGUACGUGGGUGGUGAGACGCGGAUUGUGAGUGUUCCACGCGAUAUUACUUAUGAGGAGUUGAUGGGGAAGAUGAGGGAGCUCUUUGAAGGGGUCAUAAUGUUGAAGUAUCAGCAGCCUGACGAGGACCUUGAUGCUCUUGUGUCAGUUGUGAAUGACGAUGAUGUGACAAACAUGAUGGAGGAGUAUGAUAAGUUAGGUUCUGGUGAUGGGUUCACUAGACUAAGGAUUUUUCUUUUCUCGCCUCUUGAUCAAGAUGGAUCUGUGAAUUUUGUGAUGGGGAUGAAAGGGACAAUGAGAGGAGGACAGCUCCAACAUUCUAUUCCCCAGAGGUAUAAUGAAAUGGAGAGUCCAUGGAGUCCUGCGUACUACUCCCCUAGGCAACCCGGACACCAUGAUCCAAGGCCAGUGGCGGAGGUGCCAACUUCACCUUCUUCUGCUCGUCACCGUACCCCAUACGGGGAGUUUUCUGACCGAAGUUUUGAUAGAAUGUCAGAGGAAUACAGUCGACAGCAAGGGAUUCAUCAAUCCCCAUAUGACCACCAGCCACAGUUUAUGGACAAUGUCGUAUUGUUCCCAGGUGGACCUGCAUCUGGCGAUAUGGCAGGUUUUCCAGGUAACAUACGUCAUGGCCCCAAUGUUUUUUGA